CUGCUUGCAUUCAUAAACGGAUAUGAUAGAAGAGCACCGGAGCAGCGGCACCAACAGUCAGCGCUGACCAUGGCGGAAGAGGACGACGCAAGGAUUCGGAUUUUACAGAGUCUGCGGGGUAAAAUUUGUGAAGCCAAGAACCUGGGUCCAGUUUCAGGUCCGAAUCGACUAAAGGAUCUUUGUACAUUUUGCACCAUUAGUCUGGACCAGGAGGAAGUAUUUCGCACCAAGGUGUUUGACAAAAGCAUCACCCCGUUUUAUGGAGAAGACUUUUUUUUUGAGAUCCCGCGGCCAUUUCAGUUUUUAUCCUUUUAUGUUUAUGCCAAGGGCGUUUUCCAAAGGGACCUGCCUGUUGGCAAAGUGUCAAUCCGGAAGGAUGAUCUAUGUAAAUACAGCGGAAAGGACGAUUGGUUUAACCUCCAGCCAGUAGAUCCUAACACAGAAGUUCAGGGUAAAGUUCACCUUGAGAUGCGACUGAAUGAAGUGAUCACAGAUAAUGGCUCCACUGGUCAACAUUUACUUGUCAAAAUAAUUGAGUGCAAAGAGCUGCCUUUGAUCAGUGGCCAGAACUGUGACCCAUAUGCCACCGUGUCUCUUGUUGGACCUGCCAGGUCAGACCAAAAGAAAACGAAGGUAAAGAAGAAAACCAGCAAUCCAUAUUUUGAAGAAACCUUUUUCUUCGAGGUCACACGGUCCAGCAGCUACUCAAAAAAGACUUUUCAUGUGGAGGAGGACGACAUUGAAAAGCUUGAGAUAAAAGUGGAUCUGUGGAACAAUGAAAAUCUGGCUCAGGACGUGUUCCUCGGAGAGACGAGAGUUCCUGUCAAGAUCCUGCGAAGCGACCACAUCCACAAAGCCUGGUAUCUCCUCCAGCCCAAAGGGACGGGCAGCAAAUCGAAGUCUGAUGAUUUAGGGCAACUACGUUUAAAGCUCAAUUACAUCGAAGACACGGUGCUGCCCUCUGCCUGCUACACACCUCUCUGCAAUUUGCUGCUCAAAUCCCCCGAUGUGAAGCCAAUCUCGGCAUCAGCAGCUCACAUCUUGGGGGACAUAUUCAGAGAGCGCUACGAGGCCGUCCUGCCCAUGGUUCGAUUGCUGCUGUACCACAAUCGCUUUGUGCCUUUUGUCUCUGCUGUGGCCGCGCUAGAGCUGGACAACACUCAGGAGGCUAACACUAUAUUCCGAGGCAACUCGCUGGCCACUCGCUGCAUUGACGACAUGAUGAAGAUAGUGGGAAAGAGUUACCUGGCUGUUACCUUGAAGCCUGUUAUUGAUGAGAUUUGUGAUUCCAACAAAACAUGUGAGAUAGACCCCAUUAAACUGAAGGAAGGGGACAAUGUGGAGGUCAACAAGGAAAACCUUCAGGUUUAUGUCCAGAAGGUUUUCUCCUCAAUCACCCAGUCGAGCUCCAACUGUCCCCCCCUCAUGUGUGACGUCUUUAGGUCCCUCAGACACCUGGCCUGCAAACGCUUCCAAGGUGACCCACAUGUUCAGUACUCGGCUGUGAGCAGCUUUGUGUUCCUGCGCUUUUUUGCCGUGGCCGUUCUCUCCCCACACUCGUUCCAGCUCCGAUCCCAUCACCCUGAUCCUGAGAUCGCCCGCACCCUCACUCUCAUCUCUAAAACUAUUCAGACCCUUGGCAGCUGGGGUAGUUUGUCAAAAAAACUGUCCAGUUUUAAAGAAAGCUACAUGUAUGAUUUCUACAAAUCAUUCCAAGAGGAAAAGUGCAUAGAAAAAGUUAAAAAGUUUUUGGACGAAAUCUCCUCCAACGUGAACAAAGAGUCCAGCAGACAGGAGGAUGCAGUGGUUCUUAAGGAGGGGGAAGUACAGAAACGCACCCACGGAAAGAAGAACUUCUCUAAGAGAAACUUUAAGAAGCGAUGGCUGAGAGUGACCAACAGAGAACUCUCCUACCACAAAAGGAAAGGGAAAGAGGCCCUCUGCACUAUUAGCGUCAAAAACAUCCAGGCGGUGGAGAAGCUCGAUGAAAGUGCCUUUAACCGCAAAAAUAUGUUUCAGGUGGUCCACUCAGAGAAGCCUCUUUAUGUUCAGGCAGGAAACUGCGUGGAGGCGAGUGAGUGGUUGGAGAUCCUUGGCCAGGUCAGUCGCUGCAACGAGGGACGCCUGACGACUUAUCAUCCGUCAACCUACACCGCCGGAGUGUGGCAGUGCUGCAAAAGCCAGAGUAGCAACGCUGCGGGCUGUAAACCGUGCACAAUCACCAUGCUUGCCAACCUGCAGCUGGACAUUGACUGUGACCGCGAAGCAGAGAGGAUCUUCUCCCUCCUCUCCUCUAAUGAAUCCAAGCUCCAAAACAUGGAAGAUGCGUGUGCCAGUAUGGCGGUGUAUCAGGGUCCUCAGAGGGAGCAGGAGGAGUACUCCAAGUUCACCAUUCAGGAACCCAAAGAAACGUUUCACACCCUCAAACAGCUCCGAAACAUCAUGGAGGAGCUGCGGAGGCAGCACAACAGCAGGAAUAACAUAACGGCACAGUACGGAAGCCUUGAUAACCCUAUAGUGGGGAAAACCUCCUAACCUGGGUGGGCAGGCGUGGUCGAUACAGCCUCGCCAGCAGGGGGCAGGGAACCACAAAGGACCUCCAGGAGCUCAUGAAGUUGUCGCCGAAAAUGACGAGGAGCAUAACAGACCCCUCCCUCCGACCUCCACAGAUGUUAUGUCCACUAUGAAUGAACCUUUUUUUGUUUUUAUUUGGCUGCACUGCAGGCUGAUGUUUCCACAAAAGCAUCACUAGAUGGUGUGUGAAUAGGCUGCUAUAUAUAAAUAUAUAUGUGUGUGUAUUUUUAAAAUGUCCUCUGUUUUAUAUCAACAGCUGUGAUGAUGAUCACUCCCUCUUGGUUUUUUAAUAUUCUUAAACUCAUUAACAAUCAUCACUCUGGAGGAUCAUCCUCUUGUUUGUGCCCCUUAAAUCUUUUAGUGUCCUUCUGAACAAAAAAAGCCAAUCUGCCUUACUGAUGGAGAUUUCUUUUUUUUUUUUCACGUUUAAUACUGAGGAAACGAUGCAAACGCACUUUAAAUAUUUGGAGCUGUCCGAAUGAAAAUGAUUAGAUACUUGGUAUCAGCUUUAUGAUCAUUACAUGAUCCUGAGUACAUAUUUUUUUUCUUUGUUUCACUCCUGUACAAUAAUGUUGAAUGCCUGUUAUAUAUGUUAAGAUAUUUUUGUCAACCAAAGGCAAUCUCUUGUACUUAAGUGUAUAUAUAUUUUGUAUACAAACUGUUGAAUUUAAGACAGAUUAUAAAUAUUUGUUUGUCUGCUUUAACAUAUCCUUUUUAUUGACUUAGGGAAAGCAGUUUUGCAUGCAUUCAGUUUUGAAUCUGGACGGCAUGACUGUGAUAAAAGUCGUAUCUCCUUGUGAUUGUGAACCGUUAUUUGGUACGUUGUCCAUCAGUGUGCCGUUCACGUUUAGAGCCCCACACCCACAUGGUCGACGCUACUACCGCUAGAGUUUUAGCGUCCGGCCUGAUUAAUGGAUUCUCCAUUGAAUUAGUCCGACAAUCACAGCGGCAAAGCCCAUAAUGCUCGUCUCUCACCAGCAGCACUCCACAGCUCCAGAUGUGAUGCUCUUUUUUUAUUUGGAAGUAGUUUUUUAAUGAAUGCAUCACCCUGGAGCUUGAAGGCAUAAAUCAAAGUUACAGUGGCUCCAUGCUACAGAAGGUUGUAAAAAGUCCUAUUAAAAACUUUGAAGAAUAACCUGCAUUAAUCUAGUAUAAAAAGAAAAUCCAGUCACUUCUGCGCCCAUAUAAACAAUGAAGAAAAUGAAACUUGAAUUUGUUUUAAGAAUACAGGGUUAACCACUUCUUUGUACGUAUGCAAAUAGGUUGUUCUGGUCUGAUUUCUAACAUGCAUGUUUUCAUUAUUUAACAAUUUUUUUUCUUUUCUAAACUGAUUUGAAUAUGUUGCUAUGCCGGUACAUGUCUUGUUAAACUGCUUAUUUGUUCAGGCUGCUGCUGUUUUGCAUCCGCUUCCAGCAUUUCCACUUUACUGGAGUUAAAUGCCACUUUUUUUUUUUUUUUUAUUCAGCUUAUGAACAAUUGACCUUAGCGCUGAAGUUAAAACACAACAACAAACACAACAAAAAUAUCAUUGAAAAGGGAAUUUAAUUAAAUAAGGGAUAUAUUUUCACUUUGUUUAUUUUUUUGGAAAUAUAAAUGGCAGCAUGCAGGAGCCUAAUUUCUAUUCUAAUCUGACCAAACUAGAAGGGAAAAUGUUCAGAUUAACUUGUCUUUGACAGAGACCACCCAUGAAGCUUUUUCUUUUCCAAUCACAUAAGCGAUGCAUUGCUGAGCACUUUGUUUUAAGGAUAAACAAAUAUAUGAAUUUCAGUUUAAUACAUUGUUAAAACUCAUUUAAAAAUUUGUAGUGCUUUACAAAAAUACCUUUCAGACAGCUCACACUAAAGGGAGAGCACAAAAAAUGCAGGAUUAUCAGAAGGGAUUAUGUUUUAUUUAUUUAAGUUUGGAUUUUAGCUUGGUGUUUCCUGUCCAGCAUACAGCCAGUUGUUAAGACAAAAUGUUAUUUUUUACACAUCCAACUUGUUUCUGAAUGUUCAGCCUCAGUUUGUCGCCAGGUUUUAUACUAAUAGAGAAAUGUAUUUCGCAUUUAUGGUCCAUAUUGUCUGUUCGGAAUAAACACUUU